AUGUCCAUGAUCGAAAACCCAAAACCCAGGGGCCAGGACCCGAGACCCAAAACUCAAAGUAAUGAAGGGGAUAUUAGGGUUUUUAAAACUCUCGUCCUUUACCAUUCCAUCCUUUCUCAGCCUCUGCUCCACUCCAUUUGCCGUAACGUCACCAGGAAAGGUAAGUUUUUUGGAAAAAGGAGGCAGCAAAAAUGGUUGACAAAACAAAGGGAAGAAAGGAAGAAGUUGUUACUAGGGAGUACACCAUUAAUCUCCACAAACGUCUUCAUGGAUGCACGUUCAAGAAGAAGGCACCCAAAGCCAUCAAGGAAAUCAAGGCAUUCGCUGAAAAGGCAAUGGGUACCAAGGAUGUUCGAGUAGACGUCAAGCUCAACAAACAAAUCUGGAGCAGGGGUAUCAGAAGUGUUCCACGGAGGAUCAGAGUUCGAAUUGCACGCAAGAGAAAUGAUGAUGAGGACGCCAAGGAGGAGCUUUACUCAUUGGUUACUGUUGCUGAAAUUCCCGCAGAAGGUUUGAAGGGUCUCGGUACUAAAGUUAUUGAAGAUGAAGAUUAAGCGAAACCUUUUUGGAUGAGGGUAAUGGAUAGCUUAAUUAUUUUCUUUUUGAUGUUUUGAACAGUAGUGGAUUUUGAUGAUGUUUACUGUACUGAACUACUAUCUUCAAAUGAAUUCGGAUUCUGUUUUGUUCUUAA